AUGCAUGGGUCUGUCAUGCUUGCUAAAGUGUUAACUGAAGUAUACUACGGCAAAAUGCCAGGAUAUAACUACUAUAGCGGUUGCUCUACAGGUGGUCGACAAGGACUGAAAGAGGUUGAGAUAUAUCAUGAGGAUUCGAUGGAAUUAUUGCCGGAGCACCGGCUUGGUGGACAACACAUUUGCAAAUAUGGACUGGAGGGAUUCCUCUGCAAAGGCUCAAGCAGCUCCAGCUCAGCGGAUUGCCUAAGCGCUGCCCAACUUCAUACUUUAUACGACAUAUAUAACGACUACGUUGACAUUAACCAAACAUUUGUCUUUCCACACUUGCUACCUGGCCGUGAAUCCCAAUGGGCAGAGGUGAUUAUCAAUAGUAGCAAUAGCCCAUUAGGAUACGAGUACGUACAAUAUUUUCUGGGUAUGGGCCCCCAGUGGUCCCCGAAUCAGUUCGAUUACAGUAUCAGGAAGGGCGGCAAACUUCUAAUGUAUCAUGGCAUGGCAGAUGGCUUCAAUCCCACCGAAACUUCUAUCGCUUCUUCUAUGUGCCGGGCAUUCAGUAUAUAUCCAUUCCGGAUCCUUAACCUAUAUGAUCGACACUGUAGGGGAUCACCAGACUCUAUGCAUGCCCCAUGGUACUUCGCUGGACCUAAUCAGGCUUCACAUCCUUCCUCUAGUUUACAUAGCGUCCCGUGGUAUGCGGAUGCUCAGCACGACAUUCUUCUCGCUUUGAUCGAAUGUGUAGGAAAAGGCGUGGCCACGGAUUCUAUUACUGCAACGACAUGCCACAAUGAUACAACGCAGUCCGAGGUCUAUCGGCAAAGACCACUCUGUGUCUAUCCGAAGAAGGCAUUUUAUAAGGGCCAUGGUGAUCCUGAUCUAGCAAAGAAUUGGGAGUGUCGAGAUCUGUACUGA